AUGCGCAGCGAGGUGGGGGACAGGCUGGCACGCCCUCUUGGUGAGCAGGGGCUCUUGGGACGCGUCCGGGGCCCGGACAUGAGCUCCCAGCAGGCGCCGCAGGCUCGGAGGUUCCCCAUCGAGGCGGGUGACUGUCCCAGCUCAGCUGUGCCUCCCGAAACUCAGGAGCCGGAGCCGGUAGGCGCCGAGCGGUCUGUGGGAAGGCAGCUGCGGCGAUGCCCCGGCAGCCACUGCCUGACGCUGCCCAAUGUCCCCAUUGACGUGUUCAUCGCCAUGGGAGGGAGCGGCAGGCCUCGCACCGCCUAA